AACUUACGCAUUGCCACAAACUUAACUUAUUAUACGAACUUUUCAAAUUUCACAUGUUUUAUAAUUAUGACCGAAAUUGAAAGUUCUAAUCCUGUUCAAACUCCACAGACGAAAGGAAAAAGCAAAGCUGUCGAAGAAGAUACAAAUGUAGGAAGAAAACCUAUAUCAACAAAUAAAGUAGCGGUCGAAUAUCAACUUAAAGCUAUUGAAUGGAUUGAACCUUCUUCAGGAGAACUUCGAAAAUUAAAAGUUAUCACGCAAAAUGAAAAUGGACCAUGCCCAUUAUUAGCACUUUGCAAUGUAUUGCUGUUACGAGGAGAUAUUAAAAUCAAACCCUAUGACCGUUCAUCUGUUACUUAUGAUUUUCUAGUAGAAUUAUUAGGAGAUUAUUUGUUGAAAUCAAUCCCACAAGGAGAAGUCGAGAUCCGGAAUGGAUUACAAGUAACAAAUGGGAAAUCAUCCCAAAAUCAAGAAGAAACGAAAUUACAAUCAGACAAUGUUUCAAAUGGAGUUGAAGAUUUAACAAAUAAAGUUCAGCAGGUUACAUUGGAAAAUGGUGUAGCAGAAGAUAAAGAAAAUGAGCAAAUAAAUAAAAACAAUGGUGAAGUUGAUAUCAUAAGACCAUCUUUGUUGGAUUAUCAUCAUACACUCAACACUGCUUUAUCUAUCAUUCCAUCAUUACAAACCGGAUUGGAUGUGAAUGUUCAUUUCAACUCAAUUCAUGGAUUUGAACCUACUGCGGAAUUAUCAGUUUUUGAUGUAUUCCAUGUUGAUCUUGUUCAUGGAUGGGUAGUUGAUCCUCAAGAUGAAGAGACUUGGAAUGUAGUGGUUGGAAAAUGUGGCAGUUAUAAUAAAGCGGUAGAGUGUGUCGUUGGUGGUGAUUCCGUGAGCAAAGGUAUUGUGGUAGAAAGUUCGAAUAAAGCUUCAAAUAAUGGAUUUGAGGAUUCUAAGAGUUCUCUAAACGAAGACGACAAUAUAAGAGUACGGGAUGCUCUAAUUACUUCACAAUUUUUGGAUUCUACCGCAACACAACUCACAUACCAUGGUUUGUUAUCAUUAUCCGAGACUUUACCACCAGGGCACCUUUGCACAUUUUUCCGGAAUAAUCAUUUUUCAACACUUUAUAAACAUCCUGAAACAUCCGUACUGUAUAUUUUAGUCACUGAUGCAGGUUUUGUUCAUGAAAGGUCUGUGGUAUGGGAAUCACUUAUUGAUGUAGAUCAAAAUGCUUCAGAAUUUGUGAAUGGACAAUUUAAAAAAGGUGAAGCUACUGGUGGAGAUUAUGUAGAUGUUGUAGAAGAACAUCAGGAUUUAACAGGAGGUGGUGAUCAAGAUUAUGCUUUAGCUUUAAGUCUUCAACAAGAAGAGGAACGGGAAGCUGAAUAUCGACGUCAAAAAGAAUCACAGCGUAAACAACAAGAAUCACAACGUAGACGUCAAGAAGAAACACAAGGAAGGAAAAAUCACCAUGAAUCAACUUCACAAAUCUCAACUAGUAGUACUUUUACUACUUCAUCUGAAAAGGAAAAAAAGAAAGAUAAAUGUAUAAUUUCUUAGCAUUUUGGGCACAAGCAAUUAUUCUUUUAUUAUUUAAUUUAAAAAUUUAUUUUGUUUAUUAAGAAAUAUUUUAAAGUUGAAUUUUUUUUGUGGUUUGGUUAAUCUGUAUCAUAUAUACUUUGUAUAUUAUUAUAUUUUGACUUUUAAUUUAUAAUAAAU